AUGAACUGGGAGAGUGAUGCUUAUGGCAUCGCAUGUUAUUCAGGACUCCUUCCUUCCGGUACCACGUGCCUGAGCAGCUGCUCGCGCUCCCUCCUCCCGGCAGCCGUCCGCGUCAUGCGACUCUUCUGCCAACCUAUGCCUAUGUCAUUGCAUGUUUCUCAGGACUGUUGUACUUCCCUCUGGAGGUCGGUGACCGGCCACUUUGCUCUUCACGGGUGCUCCCACGCGCUGUGGAGGGCCAGGAGGGCAAUUGUGCCACCAAUUUUCCGCUCAAGCACAAGGAUCAUCAUCUACCGUGAAUUUGAAUAUGAGACUGUGCCUUACACCAACCGCACCCACAAGGUCCUCUUCUCUCCCAGGAGAGUGCGCAGGACGGCAGAGCACGUCUUUGCCAAUUUCAAGAAGGAGCACGCCUCCAAGAUCCUAGACCCGCACCACCACCAAAGCGUUCGUGUCCACGCCAUUGGUUCGAAGAUCAUUCGCGCUAUUCGUCGUGGCUUGUCCAUCAAGAGCAAGCUAGAACAACGAAGAAAGGAACCGCCACAGAUGGUGACAUGUCUGGAUUGGAUCGACCACCUCAACUGGGAGGUGAUAGUUAUCGAAGACAAAUUCAAGAAAGCAGCAUGCUUUGCCGGCGGCGGUAAGAUUAUAGUCUACACGGGAUUACUUGAUCAUUUCAGCACGGAUGCUGAGGUUGCCACCGUCAUCGCGCAUGAGGUUGGACAUGUUAUUGCGAGGCACUCGAUUGAGAUGAUCAAAAUAUUCACGUUGUGCUUCCCAACCCGCCUCCUUGUGACGCCAUUGUUACAAAGGCACGAGCUAGAGGCGGAUUACAUUGGAAUGUUGCUACUUGCUGCUGCUGGUUUCGAUCCCCAUGCUGCCCCUUUGUUGUUUGAAAAGCUAGAAAGGAUAAAGGGGCAGUCGGUGUUGACAAAAUUGCUCUGUUUCUUCCAAUUAAAAGCUCAUCCGUCGCGGAGGCGAAGAGCAUGGCUUUUAUCGCAACCCAAAGUCAUGGAGGAGGCAAUGAAAUUAUACAGAGAAGCAACCAGUGAUGAUGGGCCCGACAAGGCCUAG